AUGAAUUCAGCGCAAUUACGGCCCACGAAACCAAUAGGAGGAUUCAGAGGAGGCGUUCUUGGAUUCUGCGUUGGAUUCGUAGCUGCGUCUAUGGGUGGAUACAUGUACCUGUUGGAAGAUUAUAGGAAAUCGAAUGAGAGCAUUAAAUGGGAUAUUGCUAGUGUCAGGAAUGAGUCGCUCCAGUUGAACGACAAAUUCAGCAGGAUCGACGCAUUAGAAGGCGACUUUGACACUCUCAAAUCAACUCUGACAGAGGAAUUGUCGGUUAAGGAUACGCGUACUAAUUCCACAAUCACUCUCCUCCGAACUCAACGAUCUAAGGACGUAUAUACUAUCAUUAGAGCAGGAUAUUAG